GCAAACUACACAAUUACGGAAAACCCCCCAGAAGAGGCAGCCGAGAAAAGUUUUUCGAUUCCGAGAAAGUGGCGAGAAAAUGACGAAGAAAGCUCCCAGUUCAGGGUUAUUGCGGUCUUCGUCUCCGUCGUGCAGUGGAGGCUCUACUCGGAACUUAGAGGUGGCUGUGAAGUCCAGUGAAAAUGUGAGGAGGUCUACAAGAUUAAGACUUCAGCCGUUGAGAAAGCCAAAUACAAGCCAGAAGAAGAAGAAACCGGUUAAACUCCGUUCGAAGAUGCCUAAGAAACCUCCCACUGCUUUCUUCUAUUUCUUGGAGGAUUUCCGGAAGCAAUAUCAAGAGCAGAAUCCGGAGGUCAAGUCCAUGCGCGAGAUUGGGAAGUCAUGCGGAGAGAAAUGGAAAACAAUGAUAUACGAGGAAAAGGUAAAGUAUUAUGAUAUAGCCACUGAGAAGAGGGAAGAGUUUCACCGAGCAAUGACAGAAUAUACCAAGAGGAUGGAAUCAGGUGAACACGAUGAAUCAGAGACCGACUCAGAUUAUUCUGAAUAGAUUACUUUUUAGUUUUUAGAAAACAUUGUUCUAAGCCUUCUAGGAUGGGUUUUUGUAUAUUGACGUUUAGAAGUUUCUGUUUCAUUGAGAUCAUUCCCUGAUACUCAUUCUUCUGUGGAGUAUACAUGGAGAUCAAUGAAUACAAACUAGUUUCUUGAGUGGUGGCCAAA